UUUCUGUGGGGGGGAGAAGCAAUUUGGAGGGGAGGGGUCUCCAUCCUCAUUCCCGGAAGAGAAGCGGACUUGGAGAAGAGGAGAAAGAGUAUUCUAAACGUAUCAAAGGGUCAGAAACUGGUUUCCUAGAUGGUUGUUUGGAGGAAAAGAAAAGCGAGGUCUGCAGAGUGUAUCGUGGGAACAGCUGAGAGAGUCCCAGAAGUGGCCUGGUUUAUGAUUCCUCCUCCUCCUCCGUCUUUUCCACUGACAACGCAAUGGCCUCCGAGACCCCCUCUGAAUGGUCUCUUCUUAGAUUUGGAGUGGAAAGAGGAGCCGGGCAGCUUCCUCAGGCCCUCUUGACCUUUGAGGAGGUGGCUGUGUUUUUCACGGAGGAGGAGUGGGCUCUGCUGGAUCCAGGCCAAAGAGCUCUGCACAAGGAAGUCAUGGAGGAGAAUUAUGAGAUGGUGGCCUCUCUAGCAGAGACUCUGAUACUCAUGUCUGAGCUCAUCUUCUCACUUGGAACAGAAAAAUACAGGGAUGUUGUCCUGGACCAAUUGAGAGGUGAUGGAGAAGGCAAUCAGAAUUUUGAGGGGCCAUCUGUAAAGUACUUCAGCAUGAGCGAACACCUUAACACACAACUACAAACUAACGCAGGGGAGAAACCCUUUAAAUUUAUGGAGUGUGGGAAGAGUUUCAUUGAGAGUGGAGCUCUUACAAGACAUCAACGAACUCACACAGGGGAGAACCCAUUUCAAUGUAUGGACUGUAGGAAGAGCUUCAGGGAUAUGGGAAACUUACAAGACAUCAACGAAACUCACACAGGCGAGAAACCAUUUAAAUGUAUGGAGUGUGGUAAGGGUUUCAUUGGCAGUGGAGCUCUUAGAGUACAUCAAACGAAUUCACACCGGGGAGAAACCAUAUAAAUGUUUUGGAGUGUG